CAACAUUUAAAGCCUGGAGCUGCUCAUCAAAAGCUUCCUUCUUUAUUUCAUUAAUUAUUAAAGAAAAAUGGAGUUCAAGAGAAAUCUGGGCCGCCGGUUUCUGAGAACCUGCAGAAUCGGAAACCCUUGUAUGACCGAUUGCCGUAUCUCAACAUCUAGGGUUGCCGUCAAAACCCGUAUUCCGCCGGGUCCCGAAAGAAUCCCCCCGGAUUCGCUUGACGAUUCCGUGUUCCGCCGCUUCAUGCACCGCCGCCCCGGAUACGAGCCGGCCGGUUUGCCUCCCUUCCCGGUGUCCGGCGAGAAGCUGAUGGAGAAACUCCGGGGGAUGGACAUUUCCAGCGACAGGAUCCGGCUGGACGGCCUCGUCCCUCCUCCUCCGGAAUGCAGUCUGACGGUGGUUGACGCGCGGAAGCUCCUCCGGCUGUCGCAGCUUGAAGCGGUUAAAGCGAAGCUCAGGGGAAUCGGGAAAAAUCACAUUUCGUAUUCCCAGUUUAUGGGGAUUUGCGGGGACGGCUGUUCAAAUCCCGAUCAAGGACUUGAAAUCGCCAAAACGUUGGACGACUCCGGCGCCGUCAUCGUUCUCGGCAACGUCGUUUUCCUCAAACCUCACCAGGGAAGUGAAUCAAUCAAAGUUUCGACAGAUCUAUAAACGAUGAGAUGGCGGGAUCAAUGAGCGCAGAUUGUUUUACAA